UGCCAGGAGCUACAGUGUGGCCUGAGCAGGCCGAGCCAGCGCCAGUUUCAGUCUACAUGACGCCGCCGCCGCACACUCUCACACAGCCGAUCUCAGGGGUCGCUCACGCCACAGAGCCCGAGGCCGGACGGUGUGUUCGGGGAUAGCCGAGGUAGAAGGGGAGAGAAGGGAGCGGAGAAAAGUGGAAGGACACGAGAGGAAGAAGGAUGGAUUGAACUGAAGUUUUAAAAUUGCCAAGUGGAAGACGUGAAGUUGUGGAUGGAACGACAGACUCGUAAGAAACUCGCCUACAGGAAUGUGCGUUGAUGACCGGAGUCGUUACGAAGGAGCCUUGACUGGAUGACGGUGUCGCUGGAGGUCAGGCGCAGAGUGACGGCAAGUUUGCAGAGAGGACUUUUACCAAGGAGAAUUAAAUCCCCACUCAUUUUCUGCAAGGGGCCAGUUUGGGUGCCAAGUCUCCCAGGACAACGCUUUGUUCUCCCAGCAAGGUGAGACGCGCUAUCAUUAUCUCGACUCGCAACUCAACUGGACUCUCACCUGGCAACCCCGAACUCCGAAUACCGCGAGACGAAAGCCACGCCGUCCGCGCUUUGGUCGGCCGUCGCCGUGGAGAUGAUUCACAACACACUCAAGUCCACCCAGCCGACGGAGCACAGCCCCAGGAGCACGCACUCGGCCGCGCAGAGGAGGCUGUGGAGAUACUCGGGCUGCAGGAGGGCCAGCCAGGUGGAGGGUCACCGUCGCAGUGUGUGCGUGCUGGCUGCGGACCUGAACACCGGAGGAGGGGGACGGGAGGGAGGUGUGACGCACACCAUCCACGGGCUGUGCCACCUCUGCAUCGGAUGUAGGCUUCCUCAGGUGAACAUCCUUCGAGGAAAGGAUGGAUAUGGUUUCACCAUCUGCUCGGAUUCCCCUGUGAGGGUGCAGGCUGUUGAUCCAGGGGGUCCAGCGGAUCAGGCAGGUCUGCAGCAGCUGGACACUCUCCUGCAGCUGAAUGGUCAGCCAGUGGAGCAGUGGAAAUGUAUGGACUUAGCCCAUGCUAUCAGAAACAGUGCAAAUGAAAUCAUCCUGGUGGUGUGGCGCACAGGCCCUUCAGCUAAACCCCAUUUCGAGGGCCUCAUCCAUCGGCCCUCCUACAAGCAGUCCGCCUCAAACUAUGAUGCCCCCUCACCCCCCACUCGCCGGCGUGCUCCAGAUGUUGGGACCAGCAAAACCCCCCCAGCUGUGCCGCCUCUCCCAGCCCACCACCGUGCCACCGCCACCCGCAGGCUGCUGGUCAACGGCUCCGAAGCUGGAAAUAGCAGUGGCGUAGGCUCAGGGACCAUGGGGUGGGGGGCCCAGGGAGGGUCGGCCGAGGAGCUGGAUGGGGAACCGCGACACCUCCUCCACCCUCACACUGCCACCCUGAAGGGUACCAGGGUGAAGGCGUCCAACGGGGAAAACUACAUCAUCCUGUCCCCCAUCAACCCUGGAAGCCAGAUGUUGAGGCCUGUUUACCAAGACAACCAGGGAACAUUAGCUGCCAGGUUAUAUCCCACACAGCAGGCCUCUGGAUCGCAGCCCCAUGCAGGUGGUGGGGGUACUUUUUCUGGAGGUAUGAGUGGUGGAGGAGGAGGAGGAGGAGGAGGAGGAGGGGGAGGGGGAGGGGGACUGGGACUCUCCAGCCGCACUGGCUUCCUACGCCGGUCUCACAACUCCAAGACAACAAAGACGCCGUCCACCUCCACUCAUGCAGCUGUACCCAACUACCAACAGCAGAGUGCCAACUUUUCCAAUUACCAGAACUGCACCAUUGUCCGCUCACACACUCCACAUGGCAACUACGGAUACAUCAACGUGGCUCCUAAGAUCCUCAUCUUCCCCAUCUUUGUUCAGCCUCUGGACCUGUGCAGCCGAUCUCUCAUCUUAUCUGAGGAGAUGAUUCUCCAUGAGAGCAAGCACCAUUCUCUCAAGGUGACGGUGUUUGUCUACAGUGAUCUGAUGCUGGUGACGCGAGAAGAUGAGCCGGGCAGGUGUAACGUCCUUCAGAGUCCCCUCUUCCUCCGGCAGCUGAGGCUCCAGGACGAUUAUGCGGAUGAACUGAGAUUCUACCUGAUCCACAUGACCGAGAAGUGUGACUGCCUGCUCAGCCUCGAAGCCUAUUCAGCAGAGCAGAAGCGGCGUGUGUGUCAGUGUCUGAAGGACAACAUUGACAAGCAGCUCCAGCUUCACAGGAGGGAGCCUUCCUAUCCGCAUUUUGAACAGAUGUUGGAACCUAAUGUGGAAGCCCCUUCCUGCGAACUGGGUGGAGUGGGAGGAGAUGGAGGUGGUGUGAGCCUCCACCUGCCCCCCCGCAGCUCAGAAGGUGAGGAGAGCAGCCUGUAUCCCUCCAGCCCCUCAGAGCCUCCAACCCUGGGAAGCCCUCACCCCUCCGAGCCUCUCACCCCUCUGGAGGACAUCCACAUGCCUCUUGGGGGUCUGCUGGGAUCUGUGGAGCGACACAAGGUGCCUCCCACGCCUCCUCCUUCCACAGAAGGCGAGGAUUGGAGGAAUAUGGAGGGGCAUGAGAUGGAGCUCUGGAAAGAGGCGAAUACUUUGGAGAGCAGGAGAAGGGAAGAGGAGGACUAUGGGGCCAGCAGAAUGAGUGCUGGGAGUGAGGGGGAUGAGAAAGGAGGAGAAGAAGAGGAGGAGGGCGAGAGUCAUGAAGAGGAGGUCAACCUCAACCUGGCGGUGUCAAACACGGACGACGACAACGGCUCGGAGCCGCUGGACACCAACGCGCCCCCCUCCUCCUCCUCCUCCUCGUUCGUCAUCCCCGAGCUGCGCCUCGAUCGCUCCUUCAGUGCCGACGCCCCCUCCUCGCCCAACACGGACGAAGAAGAGUACGAUGACGACGAGGACGAAGACGAGGAGUCCGAAGAGGAGGACGAUGAAGACGACAGCGACGACGCCUACCUGCAGCGUAGUGACAGCAAGCGCCGCAGCAUGGUGGAGGGCGCCACCUGUGAGAAGCACGGAGGGGGGGGGCUCAGCGUGCAGAAUUCCCUCCGCAGGCGCACGCACAGUGAAGGCAGCCUCCUGCAAGACCCCCGCACGCCUUGUUUCACUUCAGACAACGCCAUCAACUGCCAUGAGGCGGGGGGAGCGCACCACAAGGGCGGCUGGACACUCCCAUCCCCUAAAACCCUGAAGAAAGAGCUGACCAAGAACGGAGGCUCCAUGCAUCAGCUGUGUAUGCUGUUCUCUGGGAGGAAGCUGAGCUCCGGAUCCCCCUGUAGCUGUGAGGUCAGCCCCGAAGGAACAAAGAAGAAGAGAUCCAAGAACCUGGCCAAAGACAUGAAGAAUCGGCUGGCUUUCCUGCGGAGGAGGAAUGAGUCCCCAGGAAGCAACCCAGCCAGCAAGUUAGACAAAUCUAUGAAGUCAGUCAAGCCCACCCCAGAGGAAGCACUCAAAUGGGGGGACUCACUUGACAAGCUGCUGACUCACAAAUAUGGUCUGGCAGCGUUCAGAGCUUUCCUGCGCACGGAGUUCAGCGAGGAGAAUCUGGAAUUCUGGCUAGCAUGUGAGGAAUACAAGAAGAUCAAGUCGCAAUCCAAGAUGGCGUCAAAAGCCAAGAAAAUCUUUGCAGAAUACAUCGCGAUCCAGUCUUGUAAAGAGGUAAAUCUGGAUUCGUACACCAGAGAUCACACGAAGGACAACCUGCAGAAUGUGACGCGCUCCUGCUUUGACCUGGCACAGAGGCGGAUAUACGGGCUGAUGGAGAAGGACUCAUACCCCCGCUUCCUGCGCUCAGAACUCUACCUGGACUUAAUCAACCAAAAAAAGGCCAGCUCCACUUCGACUUCAUCUUCCUCAUAAGAGACCAGAAGAAGAGGAACAUGUUGAUGAGGGAGAAAACAAAAGGGUCAGACUUGAAAACAGCAGAGCGGUCUGGUGGGAUGUGAGGGCCUUUGCUUGCCUUUUUUUACAGUUUGUUUUGUGUAUGUCAUCCUGUCCACUAUGAUUUGUUGUUGUUGUUGUGGUGUGAGAGGACGCGGCAAAGCUAUGGCACUGCAAAGGAAUGUAGUUUACACAGUUACCAGGUGGAAGGAUGAAUGAGUGGACUGAUGAAUGGAUGGAUGGAUGAUACUAAACGGACAGAAGCCCACUAACGAGGGCUGGAGCAGCAGCUGGACGCUCGCCUGAUCACUGUCUCUCUUUUCUGCGGUGUCAGUCGUUUGCUCGUGUUUUUAAGUUGUUGUCCAGUUGUACUGGAGAAGAGGACGGGUUGCUCAGAGAACCCCGCAGACAUGAAGACAGUCCGGUACUGUUUUUUCACUUUUUCCCCUUUUAUUUCCUUUCUCUGUGAAGCCACUUCAAAGCUGUCGGUACGACACAAAGUUUCCUUGGGCGUGUGUGUGUGUGUGUGUGUGUGUGUUUUUUAUUAUUUUGAUCAAGCUCAAAAACUGUAUGACGAAGGGGGAAAAACAAUAUGUCUGAUUUAACCCUUGUGUUGCCUUCGGGUCAUUUUGACCCGAUUCAAUAUUUAACCCUCCUGUCGCCUUCGGGUCAUUUUGACCCGAUUCAAUGUUUAAUGUCGGUGUUCUUUCGGGAGUCAACAAACAAACAUAAAGUACCUCACACUUAAACUUGAAAAACAAUAUUAAUUCUAAUAAUUUUCUGGAGAUUUUAAUAGCUGGGGUCAUAUUGACCUCAAUGGUAAAAUAUGUUAGUAAAUAUAAAGGUAACAGGAGGGUUAAACAUUGAAUCGGGUCAUAUUGACCCGAAGGCAACACAAGGGUUAAAGCUGCCGUUACGGCUCCGUUUCACACGCAUCGUUGUCACCGACACCCUCUCAAAGCUUGUACAAACAGCUUUCACCGUACUCAUUAGUUCCUCACAAGACUGUGGACGAGCGUUCUAACGGGGACGGAGACAGCGAAGGGCGAAGAACACAGGCGUCGUAUGAAUAACGGACGGACUGGAGCUGUGAUGAAACGGGGAUAUGUGUCGCUCACAUUCAAAGCCAGUAAUCGAGGAAAAAGACGACUUGCUUCCUGUCUCCAAAGACUGUUUACAACAAGGAGCAACACCCGAAGAAGAAGAAAAAGAAGAAGAAGACGUUCUGUGCAGCCAAAACACCAUUUCCUUUAACAUUGUAGCUCAUUCUGGACUAAUCGAGGAAGUAUUCUCAGGACAGGUUUAUCUUCUGUUUUUCUACACACUCACGGUUCGUCUAUGCUUUAGGGUUCCAACCUGCACUCCCCAGUCCUACUGAGCAAUACACCAGAGGCUGCUCGUUUUCAUCCUCCGUGGAAACAAGAGGCUUCAUGUUGUACAAAGGUUUGCCUAUUUAUUUAGAUUAACUUGCUGGAUGCUUCUACAAACACCCUCACCUCCUUUAAAGCACUCAGCUAAGAGCUCUCACCUUCCUCUUAACCACCAAGCAGGGCCAAUGCUGUCCUGACCUUUAAGUGCAAUAUCGAUUUUUUUUAUUUUGUUAUAAUGUUUGGGUUGUGCAUUUAUUUGGAUGAUUUUGAAUUUUCAUGGGGAAGAAGAAGAAUGGCUUGAGCUCUGUAUUAACUUUAUUUGUUUGUUAAGAGAAAAAAAAAACGUAUCGCUAUAAGGUGACUUACAACGUAAACUUUCAAGAACCAUAAGUAGUUUAAUUAAUUUUAAGCAAGUGAUUCUAACUGUGUUAUAACCCCUGGCAGCAGGCAGCUGGGAGGAGUUUUGGUUGUAAAUAUAAUUCUUUAAGAAAAGUAUGUGAUAAUACAUUAAAAACAAAAAAAAACAAAAAACCCCAUAGGUCUCUGCUGGUGAAUGUGGGACCCAGCUGUAUUUCUGUAAAUAUGAGACUGAAAACUAUAAGACGACAUGUUUAAAAAAAAUAAAGUAGGUGAGCAAGAGGAGGAACAAUCUGCUCGUUUCCCUGGUCAUACACUGCUUGUAAGGAGUUUUCUGAAAUGCAAUUUAUCAUUUUCACUGUUUACAUUUCAAAAUGCAUCUCUUAUGAUAGCAAGUGAAAACAGUAGAGUACAUUUGGUGUCAUUGCUAAAGAUAAAUAAACCAACCAACUGAUGAAGUAA